GUCUCAGAGAGAAAAAUUUGCUGUUCAUUUCCGCUCAUACUAACAGUCUUGUUUACAAAUGUCUGAAUUGGAGUCAGUUGUCAGCAGAGGAGAUCUUUAGGAGAAUCUUUGGAUGUUAAAUACGAAAGUAACAGCCGUGUCUAAAUAACAAAGAUUUCAUUGAUUGUUCUGUCACAAAUUGAGGCCGCGCUCGGUUCGAAUUUUCUCACACGCAUAGUGCCACGUUCAAGGAACACGAAUAUUUAUUUCGACCUCGUAUGAUUCUCGCAAGAUUUCAAGACGUUUUGCGGCUCCGUUUGAAUCUUCAUCUACGUGGUCAAUUCUCAAUGCGUCGGAUCGCUUAUGCGGGCAACAGAAGUGGGAGUCCUCUUGGCAUGGAGUAGAAGCCGUCGACAGUUGUUUAACUACAAGGAACUCGUAAUUCGGGUCCCUGUUUCGUUGUGUCUCCUAGUUUUCUUAAUGCCUUUCACUCGGACUGCAAUAUCGGGUGUUGACGGAGAGAUCGAUAGCAAGUAUCGCCGUUGUUGCGGAAUGCCACUAAAUACCUCUUCGAAAUGCUGGACUGAAGCAGCUUGUAUUUGUGUGGAUUGUGAGAACCGCGCGGAAGAUACCUCAUACGGCAUGGAAUUUUGUUCGUCUUUUCCUUUGAAUGGAAUUUUGAAAAACAGAACUAUUUGCCAAGAGUGGCAAAGCAUAAGCUUACUACAAAAGAAGGACAAAGAGGCUGAAAGAAACUACAAAAAUUUUGAAGGAAUUUUACAGCGUAUCGAUUGUGGGGAAAACUGGGAAACGUACACAUACUCUACAGCAUCAACAUGCCGCGGCUGUCUGGUAAGUAAUUUAAACGCACAAAUUUACAUUAUGUCCUUUUAAUGAAGGACGCAAACGCUAAAUGUUUGCAGUUCUUCGUGUAUUUGUCGCAGUCCAUUGUACGCUUUAUAGGUUAACCUGCUUCAGGACUUCAGCGAUCGUUUUUAUUUCAUUACCCCGUGUCCGAUCACGCCGGUUAUAACACCAUAAUGUGAAAAUAACUUUGUCAAACCCUUAUUCGCCGCACUGGGCCACUUAGUUUACGACGAUUGAAAAGAUUUUUUUUUUCUCACUCCUUGAAUUAAUCAAAUUCUCUGUUAAGAAAUUAGAAAGAACAGCGGAGCACUGCUUUUGUUUAUAAGGUUUUAUUAUCAUUCGGUUGUUUUGAUGGUGAACACAGAGCGUGAAAAAUCACUGCGACCUUCGUUCGUGACGUCUUCUUUCGGUUCCAUAAUUUAGGCACGCUCCUUAAAGAGGUUUGAGGUUUGAGGUCUGUGAAUGGAGGCAAAAGGAAUUAAAACGGACAAGGCGCUAUUUGUGCAUUUACGUUUGUACCUCCUUUAUUCAAAAAGUCUCAAGCAGGUGGAAGGAAAUUCAGAACCUCCCUGCUGCUACAAAUCACGUCGUAUUCACGUUUGAAGCUGUUUUUACGUCGAGUAAAGUACCACAAAAUGAGGAAAGUAAAUAUAUUUUUUAAUUGUUCCGGCAAAUCGUUUUUCCUCGAUGUAUUUGAACCAAACAACGACGAAAUCACAUUUAUUGCAUUUCAUGUUGAAAAGGCCAAUAAUCGACCACAAUUUAGAAACGAUAAUUUUACGUUUUUUCAAUGAACUCUUUUUUUAUUUUCAUUCGUGACUCAAGCGUUCGCGCAGUUUUAACCGCGCAGCUGACAUGAAUUGGCUUCCUCGUCUCAAACAAAAAAAAGACAUUCCCCAUGAUCACUCUUGAAUAGAAUAGGAUUAAAGAAAUGUCACAAUCGCGGCCUAAAGACUGUUUAACUGCAUCAACAAUCUCUAAGUACUAUCGCUUCUAAUACUGUUUUAACCUUCACAUUGUCUGCCGUCUUUGAAGAACCGCAAGGUCUACACACACAAAGGAAAAAUAUCCGUGUCAAUAAAUUCGCUCCUCUUCAACGGCAAACAGAUGCACAGCGCAUUUCUCAAAGACAGGUUAUUUCCAUAAAAAAUAUUGCUAUUCGAGAAUGCAAAAUACGCGGGACUAAUAGUACACCCUGCUGUGAAGAGCGCUCUUUUGUUGUACAACAAAAUAUUUUAUCUCUUGUGUUUGAUAUCCUCGCCAAAAAAAAUUUUCCUCGGUAAAUGUUUAUCAACUUAAACCAUUUUUAGGAGACUUAGCAUAAAACGCUUCUCCUCUUUUCUUUUCCUAAUUUUCGCCCCAGCAAUCAGGUGAAGUACAAUGUUUACAGUGUUUGGCGUGCGUCAGAUAUUCAGGGUAGAAACUCAAACGUGUGCAGGUUGUAUUUGAAGAAGCAACAAUGUUGUGUUUGCAUUUAAUCUUCUGGCGUUCAGAUCAUUGUUUGGAUUCGAGGAGCAAUCAGAGUUACGAUGUUUGAAAUUUCAGCUUAGUCGCGUCAGUGUCUUUAAAGGUUAUCGAUUUUUCUUGACGGGGUUAUACACUGUAAAUAUUUUUUUUUUGCGGAUUUCCUCGAUAAUAUUUGUACCUUAGAUUUAGCACUGGUUUGCAAAUUUUCCGUAUUUGUCAAACUAUUAGAGACAAGCUGUCAAACAUUAAAAUUUUGAUAGGAUAUUAUGACGAAGUGCUAUUUUCUCCUAACAUCAGGUAAAUGAAAUUUAAGUGUCUUUGUUUAUGCUGUCUUCCAUUAAGCUUUCACCAAAUUCUCCUAAAGUGAGAUGAAAGGAAAUCUGAUUAUUUAGGGAAAAAAAACGAAAAAAGAUAACACAUUUGUAACAGUUAAUUCAGAGUUUAGUAUGUCACAAUAUAUACUUUUUAUUCAGUAUAUUUGUAACUUGAGAGAUUUGAGAUUGUCAAAUUCGUGUAGCACACUUUUGCUUUCCACCUAGGGAGAGUCUUUCAUUAAUUACCCCGGUAACAUGAGUUUUUUUUAUUUCAUUUGAAAAUUGAAAAUUUUGGCAUCCAUGGGGUGCAGAAGUGAUAAAUCCAUUUUAAGAUUGAAACCUCUUUAAAUUCACUUGAUUUAAACCUUAAACCACUCAGAGCCACCCACCUCAUUUAAAUGAGUGGAGUCCUAAUUUCAAAUACAAAAUUACUCUUGUCUUCACCUGCCUUCUCCAUCAGAAAAAAAGUACAAUAUUGUAAUUUUAAUUCGCUAGUUUAAGGAGCACUAAAACACAAAUAUUAUUUCUCAAGUAAACCUUUCAAUUUUACAAUCCUUUUCUGCUUCAGAAAAAAAAAUCAUUGUGUUAUGCUAAUGAUUAUGAGAUGAUAAUCUUAUCUUGAACAAAGAUCCAAUUUUAUGGCUUUCCCUUUAACAAAAAUUUAAAUAUUCUCAAAAUUCAUGGUGUAUAGUGUCAAUAGUCUCAACUUUCUGUACCAAAAGUACAUGUACAAUGGUUGCUUUAUUUGUUUGUAUAGUUUCCUCUCAAAGCUUUGCAGAGGAUUCUAAUAAACUCCUCUUUGGGUGAAAUAAAUAGAGGUAAGAUGCGUGUAUAGAGUACAUGCAUUUUAGCCAUUAAAUUUCAAUGUACAAGAGCCCAUGGAGAAAAGAUUGUUCUAACAAUGUCAUCAAGAAAAAAAUUGCAGCGUCCUGUAAUUCUUAAAACAAAAAGCUGCCAUUCUGGUGUAAGGAUAAGCUAUUUACAAUUAAAAAUUUAAAACCAUAUUUAUAAUAGUGAUUGCUAUUGUGAUAUAGAGCCUGUAUACUUAAUUUCAUACUUGUCUAUCAGUGAGGAGUUUAUGUUCAGCUUUAAUGGCUUCUAAAGGUUUAAGGGCAAAUAUUUAAACAUCUGUUUUGAUUUGAUUUAAGUUAUGUUCAGCCUUUUAUUUUUUUUGGCCAACUAUAUUGUAUUACUGAACCCCCAGGUUGCUUGUUCCAUUAUGUUAAUUGUCAUGUACUAAGGUUUUACUUUAAAUUGGGAAAUAUUUAUAAACACAGGUUCAGAAAAUUAUUUCAAAAUGUACAAGGUAAAAAUACUACUCUUUCCUCAAUCUUUAUUUUUUCCUUGUUCCAGAAAAAGUGUUGUUAUUCUUAAAUAGAGAAAAUUCCCAUUCAACUUGAGUUAUUUUAAUCUGAAUUUCAUUUUUGCGUGACAUAAAAAUUGAUGUACAUAGAUUUGUUUUUUUUUAAGCUACAGUACAUGUUCUUUCUAUGCUAAGUAAUUUUUUUUUUACCAUGAAGUAAUAUUUAAUAAUGGUAAUAACUAUCAUGAUGAUGGUGCAGAUUUUGAAAAUGAUCACUAUAAGGAUGUUUGAAAUUUAUUUUAAAAUGAAGGAUGAAAUUAUUCAGUGAUUUACAAAGUAUCACAAAAAUCUGAGUUCUGUGUUAGGCCUCUUGGAAUUUUUUAGCUGAUGUUGGUGAGAGAAUUACACUCAUGUACAAUGUAAACAAACCAAAUGAAUUGUAAAGUAAUUAAUACAGUAAAUGAGAUUGAUCACGAAGAGUGUAUGCUUUAACUGCACAGAUAAAAUGAAAGGAGAAAUUAUUUCCACUGUUAUACAUAAAGUUCAUAUGGUAUUAUAUAGAUUGAAGAGACAUUGAAUAAUUUUUUUAUACUUUCUUAUUUUGUGAUAAUAAUAAUAAUGAUGACAAUGAGAUUAACAAUAAUUUUCUGUAUUGUCCACCCAUGCUAUUCCAAGUGAUUCAAAUUAUAUUUCCUUUGGAAAAAUGGUUCUAUUGGACAAUUUAGUCAAAGAUAUGUUUAUUAAGUCAACAGAUGGAAAAAGAAUUAUUUUCUUUUUUCAGCAUCACACUGUAUGAUUUUAAACACAGUCUUCAGCUUUUAUCAUAACUGGUCCAUUGAUUAACCAUCAACACCCUCACAUCAGUAUGCAAGUUUUCCAUACUGUUCUCUUUACAUUUCUUAUAGUAAUUACAAGUAGAAUUUCUCUAACAAAUUUAGAGGAUCUUGAGUUUGCGAUCAUUUCCUAUAUUCUCAUAACCUUACUGUUUGAUUCAGGGAUGAUGCUGUUGGAAGAAGUUAGAUGCUUAUCACUGUCAGGGUUAAAAGUUAGAAAUAUGUGAGCCAGGAUUUUAAUUACUCUUGGAAAAGAAUGUCUUUUAAAAUCAUCUAAAUUGAUGUGUCAGUUACAAUUAUGGGUUGCAGUGGAAGAUUUGCAAGAUCUUUGCAUAUGUGUAGGGCAUUAAUUACCACAGAAAGAUGCAGGACUAAAUCGUUGUAUUCUGGAAAAUUGAAUUGACAGUGUGAGAGAUCAAAAGCCAUUAAAAGCUCUACUAAACUGUGAAACAUUGGAUAGAAAUUAGUGUCAGAAACUAGAGAGUUAGUGCACAAUACUAAUUUGAUCAUUAUUCCCACAGGAAGCCUACAAGAACUGGAUUUGCUACACAAAAAUAUCUGAAGCUAUUGAUGAAAUUGAAGAUCAUUACAAGACCCACAAGAGAAAGCAAUGUUUGAAGUUUUGUGAGACUGUGUUACAGAAGUGCCCUUAUCUUCCACCAAACCCACCAGGUGAUGAAGACUUGGUGCAAGUAGGAUAUUCAGCUUUUAACUGCUAUAGUGCUGAAGGUUUGUAUUACACACUGUGUUUAUAAAGGAGAAUGAUCACAGUCUAUGGAGUUAGUUUAAGUAUUCUCUGUGUGGAUGUUUGGCAAAAUCUGGACAGAGAAGUUUAAAUGGUUUAAUCCCUGAACAUACCCUGUUAAGGUCUGAAAUGAAAGUAGACUGUGUUACUAAAGGCCAAAAAAAAUGAUUGGGCCAGGGUGUGAUCCAGAAUGUAGUCCAGAUAGAAGAGCACUAAGCAAUCUACCGAGCAUACGUGGCUUUUCCCUUUUAUCACCAAUGUAUUUUUGGAUUAAAUAUUUAUGAUAUGCUGUUACUGUUAGUAACAACUGUUCUUUUCCUUUUUAACAGAAUUGAUUGAAGGGAAUGGGAAUGAUGAAGAUUGCCAAUUAAGUUAUUUCAAUCCAAUGGAAAAAUGCAAGCAGAGCACAAGACUUCUUCAAUCAAUAGCUACUACAGUAACCCCAAGGACAGUAUCAGCCAGUAACUCAAUAUCAAACUCUACAAGUAAUGAUCGUAGAUAAUAUUGGCUUUAGAUUCUCUGAUUACAAUACUUUCCUCUGUGAAAACUUUUGUUAUGUAAAUUUUUUUAAGAUUCAGGGAUUGGUAACCAUUGUGUGCUAUAACUAUGUAGCCAAAAACACUGUUAGAAAAAUUUUCCUCAAAUAUAUGAUAUGAGGCAAUUACAGUACUGCAUAAAUUGAGACUCUAGAUUAGGUAUUGAUCCUAAGAAGAAAAUUACUCUUGAAAAAAUGUUACAACUGCUCUGAACUUGGCUUAUGCUACUCUUUACUGAACAUGUAUAUUAGGGACUGACUCCCAAUGUCGGCACCAAUAUUUUUAUAUUUAGACACAUAUUUUGAAAGAUAGCUCUGAUGUUUAUGAAAGGGAAGAUCUGUGACCAAGCCUUCAGGCAAGAAUAAUUUGGUAGAUCUCAUCUUAGCUGCUAAAAGGUUUAGAAGGUAUAGAAGAUGAAAUAUUUUCUUUGUACACUGUUCCACUAAAACAAGAGAUGUAAAUAUUCAUGUUAACAAGCUUUGUUAACGUUUUAAUCUAUAAGGACAAAUGUCAUUAGGUUUCCACAUUUUUUGUCAUUUUAGUUUGUUUUUCAAAAGAUUUGUUUUUAUUUAUGCCAUAUGGAUGUACCCUCUGGGCUUUAUACAAAUCAUAUGCUUAGAACCCUUGAGCUCUGCAACACAGUACUGCUAUUAACACUUUCACUUCCAUGAGUGACCAAGAUAGAAUUUCUCUUUAGUAUAUCUAUACAAUAUCCUACAGACAAGUGAUGAGAAUAAGAAAAAUGUCAAUUAUGGGAUUACAAAUUGAUCCAAUACCAAAUUCUCCAAACUAACAUAAUGAGAAUUGUUUGGCAGACAGUAAGGAGAAUUACUAAUGAGAUCGUGGGAGUUAAAGGGUUAAAAUUGUUUGAAUUAUUCUUCACUCACUUUAAAAUGAAGGGGCACUAUGAAAUGGGAUUAAAUAUGGGGGAAAUUUCAUCUAAAUUGGUGAAACAACUUAUCUGGCAAGAGCUUAAGGAGAUGGAAACAUACAGUUUGUGCCAUUUUUUAAAUUAAGUGACAGAAUGAUUUUUAGCAUUGAUAUUAUUAUAACAAAGAAUUUGCAAUCAUCUAAAAUUUUAUUUAUUUAUUUCAUCUCACACAAGCAAACAGUAAUUAACAGAAAUUAACAUUAAGGCAAAUUAUUUCAAUGGUAUUCCACUUCAUUUUCUGCGCUUAUCUUUGAAAAACAUUUAUGGAAAUUCACUAAUUCAAAUUGAAUUGAUUUCUUUAACUCAUGUAUUAUAAAAUAAUUAUUCUGAACUGUAAACAGAUGAUAUAUAAGUCUUGAAUAUUUGGUGUAAUAGUUAUAGGGGGUUAAGUUAAAGACUUUCCAGAGCACUUACAUGGUGAAGAGUAGUCCAUUUUACAGUUGCAUGCUUGGUUGCCAAGCCUUUGAACAGGAGUGAGGCUAAGGGUGACCUUGUUAUGAUACAAAUGUUGUUGCUUUUGAAAUGUGAAUUACUUUGUUAUCGUUCUAACUGGAUACUGGCCUCUAUCACAACAAGAUCACCUUCAGCUUCACUCCAAAUCAAAGGCUUGGCAACUAAGUAUAUAACUCUAAAAUGAACUAUUUAGAAGAUUUUAUUGUGACUGGAGCAGGCACUUUAACUGAAGCCUGUCAUCUGCAGUCUAGCACUGCCUAUGUGCCAGUUCUCAUGAAUGGGUUUUGCCUUACAGCCUCUUUUUGUUUUCUCCAUUGGUGGUUGCUAAUGGAAAAAGUUAUUGAACUCUUGGAUUGCAGAGUGCUGAAUCAACGUAAUUGUACCAGAAUUGACCAGUUAAUAAAAUAUAUUUUAUACAUAAUAUAUACCAAAUUAUACAUAUUUCUGAAACAAAAAAGCUUCUCUCUGAAUUUGUAGCUUGGAAAUUUGGUUUGCUGUGCAAAUCAAGCAUUUUGCUAUUAGGUAAUUUAAUGACACAUUUUAAAGUAUCUACUGAAUUCUGAUAUGAAGAAUGUAGGGGAUCAUAUUCUGUCUCUAAAAUAAGCCCUGCAUAGUGUUGCUGUUUCUUCAUUGCAUUCAUUGAUGACAGUAUUGUAGGAGUAGUGUGCAGUUGUAGGUUUCAAAAUUCUAAUAUAGUAUGUAAGCUUGUAACAUUGCUUAGAAAUACAAAGUUUACCAACAUCAGCCAGC